GUGUGACGUCACUCGGCGGCGCCUUCACGGGGCGCGGCGCGCAGGUCCCGGAGGCUUCUGGGUAGCGGAUUAUCCCCGCCCCCAGCACCGGCGCCUUCCUUUCCGUCCUUGACGCCGCCGAGGUUGCACGCGUGAGGCUCUCCCCCGCUGCCGAGAUGCGCUACGUCGCCUCUUACCUGCUGGCCGCGCUCGGGGGCAAUGCCUCCCCCAGCGCCAAGGACAUCAAAAAGAUCCUGGACAGCGUGGGCAUCGAGGCAGACGACGACCGGCUCAACAAGGUCAUCAGUGAGCUGAACGGAAAGAACAUCGAGGACGUCAUUGCUCAGGGCAUCGGCAAGCUGGCCAGCGUGCCUGCUGGCGGAGCUGUGGCCGUCCCAGCUGCCCCAGGCUCUGCAGCUCCUGCUGCAGGUUCUGCCCCAGCCGUAGCAGAGGAGAAGAAGGAGGAGAAGAAGGAGGAGUCAGAGGAGUCAGACGAUGACAUGGGGUUUGGCUUGUUCGACUAGAGUCUCGCUCCCUGCAAAUAAAACUCUUUUUACAUAUUU